AUUUUUGGUCUCUAAAAUACAUAUUAAUACUGUGUUUGAGUUCAUAGUGUUGCGUUGUUCUGUAUCCGUAUUUCAUGAGCAUUCUUGUUAUUGUGCAGACUAGGAGUAGUGGUGAGAGUGUGAUCCAAUGAUUAGGUACUUAUUUGCGAUUGUUAUAAACUUACCUUACUAACUAAGUAAGUACUUACUUGUUAUACAUCUACUUAGUUACUAAUGAGAGUUGAAUAUUAUGGUGCAUUGUCAUUCGGUCAUUUUAUUAUUAUCAAAUUAAACGAUAGGCAUCAUGGUGCUGGUGAGCAGGACAAAUGCUUUACUAUCCUUUUUAGAGACAAGAGGAUUAUUGCACCGAAUGUAUGAAAAAAUGCAAAAUGAUGACUUUGCUGGUGUGGUGAUGGUGUGUUUGGAUGUUCUUGAGAGCGGGGACUUCCCCAUGCCUGCACUAAAAGUAACCAAAUCCGAAGAUACGUCGGAACAGAUACGAAACGAGGGCAACCGAGCGUUUGCCGACGGAAAGUUGUCUCGUGCCUUGGCGCUCUACAACAAGGCCCUCCUGUUCGCUCCGCCACGCUCCACGGCCAUGAAACUCGCCUACAGCAACCGCUCCGCACUUCUACACAAGCUAGGCUGCUACUCCGCUUGCCUGAAGGAUUUGUACACAUGUUUCAAGAUGGGCUGCCCGGACCACAUCAGGACCAAAUUGGAAAAACGUUUGCAUGACUGCGUCAUACGUGCAGGGUCAGAAAUUAAUCCAAUGAACCUCAGAAAUAUGGAUCAAUUUAAAGAGUUUUUUAAGAUUAGCGAAGUGAAUGUCGAGAUUCCGUGUGCGAGUAGUGCGGUGGCGGUGAGUAGGGACAGCGCGGGGGGAUGCACGGUGGUGGCGGCGCGGGGGGUGCCGGCGGGAACCGUGCUGGCCCUGGAGCGCGCCGGCGCCUGCUGGCCGGUAAGUGACGGGGACUUGUCGCCCGUGGCUUGCCACUAUUGUCUCUCUGUCACACUUAACCUGCUUCCUUGCACCACAUGUUGCUACGCCUUGUUCUGUAGCGAGCGGUGCCGAGAGAUAUGCUGGAAAGAGAGCCAUAGUAUUGAAUGCCCCCUCAUGGAAAUUUUAAAUCAAGAAGGUGAAUUACUUUGCCUAACUACGAGGCAAGUGGUAAAAAUGCGACAAUCUUGUUCGACUUGGGAUGACUUUAUCGCAGAUACGGCAGAUUGGGGACUCAGAAGGAUGAGUAAGAAUUCAGUUAAAGAUAUAUUUGAUUCGAAGAACCGUUUCUCGCUUCUGAACUUUGAUGAAGAAAAGUAUUUGAGUUACGGAAAAAUGUUCAAUGCAGCCUUGGAAACCUCUUUAAUUAUUUCCGAGUUAAGAAAACUGCCUUCCUUUAUGCCAAGUACAGGAAGCAAAAGAAAAAUUGCAACUCAAUCUUUUGCCAGAAUUAUGUUGAUUUUACAGGUUUUUCCUAGUUAUUCAUGCAGAUACGACGUUUCCAUUCAACAUGAACUAAACAUAAUGGGUCAAGCAAAAACUUUAAGCUUUGCAUCGUUCAGUUUUAUCAACAAAGUGCGGUCAUCUUGCCAACCUAAUGUGUUAUCCAUCCCACUGAAUGACAACAUGGCGUUAGUGGCCUGUAAACCAAUCAAAUCUGGAGAAGAACUACUGACAUCACAUAUUAGAUUCCAAAACAAUUUAUAUCAUGAUAAUAUAAAAAAACACCAUCAAACCACGUUCCAGUUGCUCAAUGCUCUGUGUGCUUGUGAGACCAGUGAAGACAACUCGUCAUGGAGUCAAGAACAAUUAUUGUUUUUGAAGAAACCUCGGUUUUCUUACGUCAAUAAUAUACACAUGGCAGGCUUUAAGAAAAUAUGUAAGGCUCUAACCGUACUUGGCGACAGACCGGCUUCACCGGAGUAUCAAAACGUUUUAAGCGAUUUAAUUAGACUCAUCCAUUAUAUUCAAGUAUUUUUGACCAACAAUCAAACCGUGUAAAUCGCAUACCUAUAUAUCUAGGUACAAGUUUAUUCAUUAAACCAAGGGACCAAACUGUGAAAUUAAUACUUUUUAUAUUACUAUGUAGUUAGGUAAAAUUAUAAUUUUAACAUAACAUAAUAAGUACAUAGGUAUAAUUUAUUUUGUUAUUAUUCUAUCAUCAUGUUUUAGUAACAAUGAAUACAUAUUAUAAUAUGUUUAACCAAAGUAAGAACAAUACAUGUUUGUGACUUGGCAAUGUUUCUGACCAUUUUAGUGACUACAUAUUUACAAGAAAUAAAAUAAAAAAAAAUAAUUUAUCAAGUUGACCUCAUACAAAACUCUUUUUUGUUUGAAAAAAAUAUAAGUAUUCAUAAUUAGCUAGUUAAGUACCUUGCAAAUGCUAUUUAGAGUUUAAGAUUUUAUACCUAAUAAUAAUUAUCUUAUAGGUAAGUACUUAUUUUUUGUGUUGACUCCCUGUAAGUAUGGUCACUCUGAGGGGUAAGAUUUAUAUGUCCCAGAUUGUACGUAUGUAUACUUACAACAAUAAAGAAAUACCUACUUCAUAAAAAUUAA